ACUCUUGUACCAUCUAGGUUGAAUGCAAAGUUGAUAUAGAUCACUUGAGAAAUUGUAGCAAAGAAAAGAGAAUAAACAGUAUUGACAUCUAAAGAUGUGGAUAUUAGCAACCUGCAACCGUACUAUUACUUUUAAAAAUGCAAGCAAAAUACUGGGGACAUGUGACCGAAAUUCUGCCCACAAGUUAUACGUAUCUGCCAGCCAUUAGCUGCCAAUGUAGUUCUACACUGGGACUCGCUACUUGUCUAUGCACUCUAAUGCCAUAAUAAGUUAUUGAUGAUUGCCAACUUGCAGGCUGUCUGCCUGUUACCAGUCAUGCUCGGGCGAUGACAGCCCAUUGUGUGGCUACUGCUCUAUGAACAAUUAGUGUGACAGUUCACAAGCAGACCAUACAUCAAAACCCAAGUGAAAGCAUCUGCAUCUUACUGUUAGAUAAUAGACUUAGCUUUGCAAUUUGCAAGAAUCUUGAGAAUAGAAUAUAAACAAAGUAAAGUGUAUGAAGAUGGAAACAUCUCUUUGAAAAGCUAGCAUGAUGAAGAUAUCUGUACAGAUGUCAAGCAUCUGACUAACUAAUGGAUUUCAAUUUAAUCCGUACUCUGUCACGUGCUUAAUCUGGAUUUUGUAAGUUGUUAAAGAACAAAGACUAUACUGGUCUAGUCCUGUCUGUGAGGAAAGCUCACCUACUCGGUCCAUGCUAUGGCCCUGAGGUGACUACUUCGUUAGAAGUUUGCAUGAUACCAGGAACCAAUUAGAUCUGAUCGAUUCUGUCAGUAGGGCUCCAGUAUGCACAUGCAUCAUGCCACAGUUUGGUGGUUGGAUUAUCUCUGAAUCAUCCACUACCUGUUGUGAUUAGCGAGACUGACCUUUGCUUACCGGGAGAGUGCCACAGGUGUCCAUAUCCACCUCAGUGAAAGAAUUUACUUCACUUGAGUCAGGCCAAGCCAGUUGCAACCAAAAGUCCAUUCUUUUGUCUCCUGGACCAUUCAAUUAUGAGACUGGUAUGCUUAUAUAAAACCAGGCCUUGCAUUUGAGGAUCUGAGCUACUGUCUGGCUUUCACCUCUGACUCCAGAUUGGCACUAGAGAGAUGGCCCUAAAGGUGUUCAAUUGGCUGAAUCGGAAGAUGCAUUCCAAUGCGGAGUACUGCACCAUUGAUGAUAAUAAGGCCAUGGAGAAGGAAGACUCUGUGCACGGGAGUGUGGCUGAGCAAGACACUGAAGCCCUGCUGCUCCGUGAUGUGCUUCUUAAUGGCAUACUUGCGAUUGGCACGCUUGGCCACAACGUGAACUCCCUUUGCCCUGAGGCCCGCCAUGAACAAGAUGAGUUCAUCGUCAUGGAUGAAGAAAAGGUGGACCAAGAAAAGUGCGAAGAGGAAAAGUGUGAGGACAAAGAAGAGGCAUUCGCUACAGCACCAAGUGCACCAGAACCUGCUACCGAACCUGCCAAGAUGCAUUCAUCGUCGAUGAAAGAAUACAACUUCACGUGUUCUGUAAAGGAAGAAAUCCUGAUGUGUGAAGUUGAAGUGGAGGAUGUCGCUAAAAUCCAGGAACAACCACUUCUGAUGGUAGAGAAGGUGGAAAAAGUGAGAACUACACUUGCUGAUCUAUUUGCAGCCGAAGCAUUCUCACCAAGCGAUACAGGGAAGGAGAGUCACCAGAAGACUGUCAUUAUUGCUGGGGCAUCCACUUCAAAACCUACAUUGUGCAUGGAAAAGACACAUAAAAAGAAGCCAAUAAAGCCAAUGCCAGAUCCUCUGAAGGCUACGAGAAAAUUAAGUCGAGCCGUGAAGAAGAUGCUGGGGAAGAAGAUCCACCCAGAGCAGCUCAGUGGACGUUGUAAUGCAGAGGAACCUCCUCUGCUUGGUGCGUAGGCUCGCGGACAAGUUUGUUUUCUCUUAUCUGGAUCAUGUUACAUUCCAUUGGAUCCCUACAGUGCCCCGGAUCUGGAUUCCGUUGCUGGAGAGAAGCAUCCAACCACAACGUACUACGUUCGUCGACAAUGUUUCCGUGCCUGAUCAGCUGCCUGUUCGCCCGCCAGUGACGAAGAAUAGCCUGCUGCCUAUAUCUAUCUAUCUAUCUAUCUAUCUUGUCUAUGUUAAUUACAUGUUGAUUCGUGUGUAAAGCUAAAGCUAGCUACAGUUGCAGUGUCCUGUCCUGUAAGAUUGAUGUUCUCGUAGUACUGCCUGUCUCGUCGUCUCCGUGUGUCGGUAUCAAUAAACCCUCCGCUUUAUCCA